UAGUUACUUCCGGCCUCUGGGAGCCACCCCUCCGGAAGUGCUUGUGGCUUCUGUCUUGUUGGGGUUUUUUACAAAUGCCUUGUCUUUAAGUGGGAAAGAAAAAACAGCUAAGGUCAGCAAGACAGAAAGGAGAAAAGUUGGAAGCACUAAUCCCCAGGAUGUGUCAUUAGCUGGAAAGAAAAUACAGUUGAGUAGCUGAAGUAAUGCAGGGUUUAUUUUUGAGAGAGAGAGAGCACGCACAAGUGGGGCAGGGGCAGAGAGAAGAGAACAGAGGAUCCGAAGCAGGCUCUGUGCUGACAGCAGCAAGCUGGAUGUGGUGCUUGAACUCACGAACUGAGAAAUCUGAAGUUGGACGCUCAACCAGCUAAGCCACUCAGGGCUUGAACUGAGGACCAUGAGAUCAAGUGUCGCAUGCUGUACCGACUGAGCCAGCCAGGGGCUGGCCUAAUAAUCACAGCAUACCUUGAUUUUGCUCAGGGGACUUCGACAUGUCUUUGAGCUGAGCCAGUGCCUCUUCAGAAACCCACAAGGUUUCCUACUGAAGACAUCUGGAUUGUUUCUUUUUUUUUCUUUUCCUUAAACAUCAAUACCAUAAUAAACAUUCUUGCAUUCAUGGCCUUACAUAUUCAUACUUUUAUUUUGUUAAGAUAAAUGGAAUUUUGGAUUGAAAGCCCGAGCCGCGGGGGCGCCAGUGCCGCGAGUCGAGCGGGAGCAGAGGAGGCGAGGGAGGAGGGCCAGAGAGGCAGUUGGAAGAUGGCGGACGAGGCGGCGCUCGCCCUUCAGCCCGGCGGCUCCCCCUCGGCGGUGGUGGCCGAGAGGGAGGCCGCGUCGCCGCCCGCCGGAGAGCCACUCCGCAAGAGGCCGCGGAGAGACUGUCCAGGCCUGGGGCGGAGCCCGGGCGAGCCCGGUGGGGCGGCCCCCGAGCGUGAAGUGCCGGCGGCGACCGGGGGCUGCCCCGCGGCGGCCGCGGCGCUGUGGCGGGAGGCGGCAGCGGCGGGCGAGGAGCGGGAGGCCCAGGCGGCGACGGCCGGAGAAGGAGACAAUGGGCCGGGCCUACAGGGCCUAACCCGGGAGCCGCCGCCGGCCGACGACUUCUACGACGACGACGACGACGACGACGACGAGGGCGAAGAGGAGGAAGAGGCGGCGGCGGCGAUUGGGUACCGAGAUAACCUUCUGUUUGGUGAUGAAAUAAUCACCAAUGGUUUUCAUUCCUGUGAAAGUGAUGAGGAUGAUAGAGCCUCACAUGCAAGUUCUAGUGACUGGACUCCAAGGCCACGUAUAGGUCCAUAUACUUUUGUUCAGCAACAUCUCAUGAUUGGCACAGAUCCUCGAACAAUUCUUAAAGAUUUAUUACCAGAAACAAUUCCUCCACCUGAAUUGGAUGAUAUGACACUGUGGCAGAUUGUUAUUAAUAUCCUUUCAGAACCACCAAAAAGGAAAAAAAGAAAAGAUAUUAAUACAAUUGAAGAUGCUGUGAAAUUAUUACAAGAGUGCAAAAAAAUAAUAGUUCUAACUGGAGCUGGGGUUUCUGUUUCUUGUGGAAUACCUGACUUCAGGUCAAGAGAUGGUAUUUAUGCUCGCCUUGCAAUAGACUUCCCAGACCUUCCAGACCCUCAAGCAAUGUUUGAUAUUGAAUAUUUCAGAAAAGAUCCAAGACCUUUCUUCAAGUUUGCAAAGGAAAUAUAUCCUGGACAGUUCCAACCAUCUCUCUGUCACAAAUUCAUAGCCUUGUCAGAUAAGGAAGGAAAACUGCUUCGGAACUAUACUCAGAACAUAGAUACACUGGAACAGGUUGCAGGAAUCCAAAGGAUAAUUCAGUGUCAUGGUUCCUUUGCAACAGCCUCUUGCUUGAUUUGUAAAUACAAAGUAGACUGUGAAGCUGUACGAGGAGAUAUUUUUAAUCAGGUGGUUCCUCGUUGUCCUAGGUGCCCAGCUGAUGAACCACUUGCUAUCAUGAAACCAGAGAUUGUCUUUUUUGGUGAAAAUUUACCAGAGCAGUUUCAUAGAGCCAUGAAGUAUGACAAAGAUGAAGUUGAUCUCCUUAUUGUUAUUGGGUCUUCCCUGAAAGUAAGACCAGUAGCACUAAUUCCAAGUUCCAUACCCCAUGAAGUGCCUCAGAUACUAAUAAAUAGAGAACCUUUGCCUCAUCUGCAUUUUGAUGUAGAGCUUCUUGGAGACUGUGAUGUCAUAAUUAAUGAAUUAUGUCAUAGGUUAGGUGGUGAAUAUGCCAAACUUUGCUGCAACCCUGUAAAGCUUUCAGAAAUUACUGAAAAACCUCCACGAACACAAAAAGAGUUGGCUCAUUUGUCAGAGUUGCCACCCACACCUCUUAAUAUUUCAGAAGACUCAAGUUCACCAGAAAGAACUUCACCCCCAGAUUCUUCAGUGAUUGUUACACUUUUAGACCAAGCAACUAAGAGCAAUGUUAAUGAUUCUGAGGUGUCUGAACCAAGAGAUCAUAUGGAAGAAAAAUCACAGGAAGGACAGAAUUCUACUAGGAACAUUGACAGUGUUACUGAACAGCUGGGAAGUCCGGAUUCGAAGAAUGUUGACUCUAAUACUGGGGAAAAAAAUGAAAGAACUUCAGUUGCUGAAACAGUGAGGAAGUGCUGGCCAGCUAGACUUGCAAAGGAGCAGAUUAGCAAACGGCUUGAUGGUAAUCAGUAUCUGUUUUUACCACCAAAUCGUUAUAUUUUCCAUGGCGCUGAGGUAUAUUCAGACUCUGAAGAUGACGUGUUAUCCUCUAGUUCUUGUGGCAGUAACAGUGAUAGUGGAACAUGCCAGAGUCCAAGUUUAGAAGAACACUUGGAGGAUGAAAGUGAGAUUGAAGAAUUUUACAACGGUUUGGAAGACGAUGCUGAUGUUAAUGAGAGAGCUGGAGGAACUGGAUUUGGAGUUGAUGGAGGUGAUCAAGAGGCAGUUAAUGAAGCUAUAUCCAUGAAACAGGAAGCAACAGACAUUAACUAUCCAUCAAACAAAUCAUAAUGUAAUAGUUGUCCAGGUACAGGAAUUGUUCCACCAGCAUUAGGAACUUUAGCAUGUCAAAAGGAAUGUUUACUUGUGAAUUCAACAGAGCAAGGAAACCAGAAAGGUGUAAUAUUUAUAGACUGGUAAAAUAAGAUUUUUUCUUCAUGGGUAAUUUUUAACUUCUUAUUUCUGUACUUGUACACGCAACACUAACUUUUUUUAAAAGAAGGGUACUAAGUAUCUUUAAUCACCUGUUGGUCAAGACUUUUCUUUUAAAAGUUCAUUUGUAUGAUACAUCCGUUAUGUAUAUAUAAUUUUGUUCUUGCCUAGUGAGUUUCAACAUUUUAAAGUUUUCAAAAAGCCAUUGGAAUGUUAAAUUAAUGUAAAGGGAACAGCUUAUCUAGACCAAAGAAUGGUAUUUUCACACUUUUAUUUGUAACAUUGAAUAGUCUGAACUCCUCAAAUGUCUGUUCUGCUAAACUUUUGAUUCUUUAUUAGCACAAUUACCUAUUUUUAAACACUGGCAUUUUCCAAAACUUGUGGCAGCUAACUUUUUAAAAAUCUCAUAACAUGCAGUGUGUGUAGAAGGAAGUCAACAAUAUGUGGGAGAGCACUCAGUUGUCUUUGCUUUUUAAAGUAAGACUUGGUGCUAAGAAUUUCAGGAAUAUUGUAUUGUUGAAAUGAAGAUGGCUUUUGUACUUCCUGUGGACAUGUAGUAAUGUCUAUAUUGGCUCCUAAAACUAAUCUGAAAAACAAAUAAAUGCUUUGGAAAUGUUUCAAUUGCUUUAGAGACAAUAGUGCCUGCCUGGGUACCCUUAGUUUCAAGAAUAUUUGCCAUUGUUGUUUAAAUACAUAUCACUGUGGUAGAGCUUACAUUGAUUCUUUCCCACAAGUAUUAAACUGCCAAGAUGUGAAUAUGCAGAGCCCUUAUGAAUCUAUAAUAAUGGUACUUCAACUGGGAAGAGUGUAAUAUUUUGGACUGCUGCUUUUCUUUUCCACUAAUGAGGAGAGCAACAGGCCCCUGAUUACAGUUCCAAAGUACUAAGAUGUUAAUUAUAACUCAGCCAGUAAGUACAUGUCUCCUGUUGGGAGGAUUUGGUGUAAUAGACACCAAACUGCUAGCCUAGUAUUAUGAAGAUGAACAUGAUGUAACUUGUAAUAGCAGAAUAGUUAAUGAAGUUAGUUCCUGUAACAUCUUUAUUUAAAAGCUUAGCCUGCCUUAAAACUAGAGAUCAAACUUUUCUCAGCUGCAGAAGCUUCUAGCCUUUCAAAAAAUUCAUACUUUGUAAAAUUGCACAGAGCAAUUUAUUUUCCAGACCUUCCCCCCCCCAUUAUUCCCAAAUAUAAAGUAUUCCUAUGUUGCUUUAGUAUUUAUUACAAUUUUAAAAAAGGAUUUGAAAUAUAGCUGUUCUUUAAGCAUAAAAUACCCAGCUAGGACCAUUACUGCCAGAGAGAGAAAUUUUAUUGAAUGGCCAUUUCCCUACCUAAAAGAUGUUUCAGUCUGAAUUUAUUUGGCUACACUAAAGAAUGCAGUAUAUUUAGUUUUCCAUUUGCAUGAUGUGUGUUUGUGCUAUAGAUGAUAUUUUAAAUUGAAAAAUUUGUUUUAAAUUAUUUUUACAGUGAAGACUGUUUUCAGCUCUUUUUAUAUUGUACAUAGUCUUUUAUGUAAUCUACUGGCAUAUGUUUUGUAGACUGUUGAAUGACUGGAUAUCUUCCUCCAACUUUUGAAAUACAAAACCAGUGUUUUAUACUUGUACACUGUUUUAAAGUCUAUUAAAAUUGUCAUUUGACUUUUUCCUGUUAACUUACAUUGUUCAAGAUAUAAAGUUUGAAAAUCUUA